GUUGUCAGAGGAGCGUGCAGAGGAGUAAGCCCAGCGCUGCCGGAGCAGGAACUCUGCAAGUGCUCGCUGUCGACGUGCGCCAUGUGCUCGAGGACGUGGGGGGCUCCCAUCUUCAGGGAGCCAGCGUGCAUGCUGUGCGGCCAGACAGAUGCCGACCCGGACAUCUGUGGGUCCAAGCAGCUGGACUUUGGGAUGUGUGCCCAUGCGUUCUGUAUGGCAUUUUCCAACGGCCUUUUCCAGCAGGCCACAAUAGUGGGCAGAACUGCAGAGGUGUCCCCUGAAGACGUCCAACGCGUAGUCCGGGAGGCAGAGCGGAAGCACUGCUUCAUCUGUGGCGAGACGGGGGCCCCCAUCACCUGUGCAGAGGCGGGCUGUGAACACAGUUUCCAUCUCCCCUGCGCCCGGGAGGGUGACUGUGUCACCCAGUACUUUGGAGAGUACAGUUCAUUCUGCCAGAAGCACAGCCCUAAGCAGGCUGCGGAGGUGGCUCCAGCGCAGGAUACCAACUGCAUUAUCUGCAUGGAGCCAGUGGGGGACAAGAAGUCCUACCACACCCUGGUGUGCCCAGCCUGCAAACACGCCUGGUUCCACCGGGCCUGCAUCCAGGUAGGAGCCCUCCCCUCAACCAGCGGGCAAGCUGCAGCGGGCAAUCGGCAGCACCCGAGCCUGCUCCCGCUCCCACUGAUCGUGUUUCUGCUACAGGGACAGGCCAUCCGUGCAGGCGUUAACUGCUUUCAGUGCCCCCUCUGCCGAGAUGCGGAUGCCUUUCUAUCCGACAUGCUCGUCAUGGGCAUCCGAAUCCCUCUCAGCGGACCAAUGUGGGAGGACGGCAACGCAUACGCAUCGCUGGGAUUGAGACACGGGCGCUGCGAUGCCAGCGAGUGCCUUUCCCCACAGGGCAGGGGGCAGGCAGAGGAAGAGGGGCCCUGGGAGCUGCUCCUGUGCAGCUCCUGUGCUGCGGAAGGCACUCACCGGCGCUGCUCCUACCUGAGCAACAACGCAGACGCUUGGGAGUGCAAAGCCUGUGCUGGCAUGGGCACCGCCUCCAGUGUCAUCUCAGAGGUCACCGGCCCCAGCACCGCCAGCCAACGUGGUCUGCUGCCAUCCCACGGCUCCACAGCACCCGAGAGCGGCAGCUCCAGCACAGCCAGCCCGGCACCAUCAGGGCCGGUUCACAGCUCCCAGGUGCCUGAGAGCGGCAGCCUGUCCAGCCAGCUUGGGACAGGCCAUGGGGAUGAUGACAUCUACAAUCAUCCCCAACGUUGCCGUGGGAGCAGCCGAGCUGCGGCUCCAUCGGGUGCUGCUGAUAGAUGCACCCCAACAUCUGCCAGUCAAAGGGCAUCGCUGUCCUCAAGGGCUUCCCUGGCAGUUGGCAGCCGCAGGUCCAGACAGGGAGAGCGGACUCGGACACGAAGCCGCUCUCCAAUACAAUCUCAGGCCCCGGAUUCCCACAGCCAUCCCCAAAGGUGCUCCAGGAGGAGCCGUGCACCAGCUCCAAGGGCUGAGGGUGGCUCCCAGCUCAACACCAGACGGGGAGCACUGGGGUCUUCAAGGGAUUCCACCGCGGCUCAUCAGAGAAGCCAGUCCAGGCAGCGUGAGCAGGCCCGGGCAAGAAGCCGCUCCCCUGUGGGCCGUGGGCCUGCAGAAUCCCGGGGCCAGCUCCAAAGACACCACAGGAGCCAGUCCAGGCGAUGAGGGCCGGCCCAGGUGCAAAGCUGCUCCUGGGCUCGUCAGGCUGAGAACACCCACAGCCGGCCCCAAAGGUUUCUCGUGAGUCGCCGGAUGCGAGCCCCGCGUGCUGGCUCUGGUCCUCAGAGGCCAGCACAAUAAAACUUAGAGAUCUCAUAGACAUUUGUCAGUGUUGUUCUUCUCUGCCUUUCCCAAGGUGGGAUGCAGUCAGGGCCGGAACCACAGGGUAGUCUUCUCCCUAGCACUUAUGCCCCUCUACCAUCCUUCCCUUUGCGUGGCUCUACGCAGAGCUGGGUUCCAACUCCAUUGGGGCUCAACAUCUCCUAAUGCCCACAGGCCAAGGCCGUGCUAGCACGGGCAGCCCUGUUCUGGGGGUGUUUCUGGCCUUGGGGCAGCCUCUGCGUUCAGAGCGUGCAGGCAGCCUCCCCCACCAGCCAUCUGUGGGCUGGGCCAGGACCUGCCUGGGCUCUCCUCCUGCACUGCUGCAGCGCCAGCAGGUCCGAGUAGAGGUUCUGCUUUGGGGAUGCUACAGCGCAUCAACUGCCUGAACCACUAAUUUCUAUCCCAAAGUCCUGUAGGCCCCUUGCAGGUACUGGAAGGUCGCUAUGAGGUCCCCCCGGGCGCCUUCUCCAGGCUGAGGAGCCCCUACUUUCUCAGCCUCUUCUCAUG